AUGCGGGAGAAACGUUUAGAUAUUAUGCAUAUUAAGUUUAGUACUGUCACUUUCUUUGUUGAAGUUGAUUUUGAUGAUUUCCGCGUUAUUGAGAAUGAAGCUUGGGAACAGCUAGUUGAUGCUCGAGGACCAAACAGAGGAAAAAGAAAAGUUAGUAUUGAUUUAAUGGAGCACAAAAAUUUAGUGCAACAUUCACAAAGGUUAUUGUUUUCUCCAGUCCUCAUAUCUGAUUUAAAUUUCAGAGUGCCAAACAUCGAACGUCUGCCCUCAGGAAGAACUGGUGCCCUUGGAGUAAAUGGCAAAAUUGGUAUACCCGGCAAACCUGGCAAGCUAGAACCUGCUGGAUUAAAUGGAACAUAUGAUCAAAGAAGUCUACCUGGGAAAAAGUCUACCUCGGUAGGACCAGACGGACUACAGGGUCUUCCUAGGCAGAAGAGAUCAGCAGGUGUAAACAGUUGUCCAGGUAUGUCAUAUCAAGAUGCACGGUCAAGAUGUGGCGAUAUUAGUGAUGAUGGUACUCAAUAUAAGAAUAGCAAAAAAGCUUGA